AUACUUCGCAUAUAAAGUCUAUUGCGCCUGUCACUUUUGACAAAACCAACACAAUAGGAAUGGCGGGCCUAAGUGCUGCCAACUUUGAGAUAAAUUAAAUGGCCACUAUGAAUUGACCGCAACUUUAAACGAAAAUUCAAAUAGUCUUAACGUUGGCACCACUAGCAAAGCAAAUCAUUUAUAGAGUAAUUUUUAUAAAGGAAGUUGGCAGUUCCUGUUUUUGUUUUAAUUUGAAAUUAAUGUUAUUAAAUGUUAGCAAAAAAAUCGUCUUAGGGAAGGAAACACAAAAACGGGGACAAAUUCGGUACCGCUAACAGUUUUUGGAAAUUUGGAGACGAAAAGUUUGUAAGCAGAAGUCAGAAAAAGACCAUUAAAUUUAGAUGCAAUUUGUAAUGCAGGUAACUUCAUCUCAUAAUGUCCUAAAUCUUUCCCGAUGACAUUUAACAAACUCUUUUUAAACAUCUAAAAAUGAUCGGCAGACUUUUCGCUUCAAGCACCAUUUUUCGAAGAAUUUUUACAAGUUGUCGGCCUUUACGUAUAUGCACUCUGUCUAAAUUUACAAACACACCAAAGCUCUUCAUUGUUACUUCUUAUCCAAUUUUCUCGAAAGAGCGCUCAAGAGAUACCAUGGAAAACUUUGAUUUGCACUUAAAGGCAGCUUGCGAGAAGGGUGAGGUAGCAAUUACUCAACUGAUGAAUUCGUUUCGCGAACAUAUUUUGGAAACAAGUGAAGCAUAUAAGGAGUGUUUGCAAAAACAGAUAGAGAUUAUUGAUGAAGCUACCAAAGUGGGUGCUAUGUCGGCAAAAUGGGAUGAGUUGCCCGAAUAUAGAAGUAUAGCAACCGAUUUGAGUCAACAAUUGAACACUUUUGCUGCUACAGUUCACACUAUUGGAGAAAUAGCCAAAAAUGAAACUUUGCAAUACAUCACGCAACAACAGAAGCAGUUUCAGUUGAUCGGCAAGAAGACCAAAGAACUGGAAAAGUUACUUACGACUCAAAUGGAAGAAAUAAAAAAAUUAGAGUCAAAACUAUUAAUCAAGAGUCGGGAAAGUAUACAGAAGUCGAAAUAAACUAUUCAUAAAAUGUACUUUUUAAAUAAUAAAAAUCUCAUUAAUGUCGCAUUUUUUGUUUGUUGCUUUCUAUUUCCGCUUUUUGUUACAGAAAGUAUGAGCACUCAAAAGGGUAACACCCAAAGGAGUCGGUCCCAAAAACACCAAAAUAAGACAGCUUUCAAAAACACUCUCCACGACACAAGUCAGCGUACAAAACUCAUAAACAAUGUCCAAAUUAGCGAUGU